CGGCCAACGCGUGGGCUGGAACAGACGCGAUGGCCCUGUCUUCGCUGUGCCAGAACCUGCGCCUGAGAUUAGGUCUCAUCAACAAUACCCACGACGACGAUUGCACAACUUCUGGCGUCACGCUGGACACCAACGAAAAGAGGAUAAUCUUCCUUAAUCGGCCGCAGCCUCAGAAGUACUGCAGCAAUCAUAUAUCAACGGCAAAAUACAACACCUUCAGCUUUAUUCCGUCGUUCCUCUUUGAGCAGUUUCGGCGGUACUCAAACUGUUUUUUCCUCUUCAUUGCACUUCUGCAGCAAAUCCCUGAUGUGUCACCAACGGGAAGAUUUACAACACUCGUACCUCUGAUUUUUAUACUUAGCGUGAGCGCUAUUAAGGAAAUUGUCGAAGAUUUCAAACGCCACAGGGCCGACGAUGAAAUAAAUCACAGGGAAAUUGAAACAUACAAAAGUGGCCAAUGGAAGUAUAUUAAGUGGCAGCAAUUGAGUGUUGGAGACAUUGUGAAAGUGUGGAACAAUACAUUUUUCCCCGCGGAUCUCAUUCUUCUGUCCUCAAGUGAACCUCAAGGCAUGUCAUUCAUCGAGACGUCCAAUUUGGACGGUGAAACAAAUUUGAAGAUACGGCAAGCCAUUCCGGACACGGCAAAGCUCCUGGAAACGAAGGAUUUGGCAUGCUUCAACGCCACGCUGGAGUGCGAACUGCCAAAUCGGCAUCUCUAUGAGUUCAAUGGUGUCCUCAAAGAGAGCGGGAAGAUUGCCGCGUCCCUCGGGCCGGAUCAGCUUCUGCUGCGCGGCGCCAUGCUCCGGAACACAUCAUGGAUCUUCGGUGUUGUCGUGUACACAGGACACGACACGAAACUUAUGAGAAACUCUACCUCAGCGCCCUUGAAGCGUUCAACAGUAGACAGACUGACCAACACACAAAUUUUGAUGCUUUUUCUUAUUCUCAUAUUUUUAUGUCUCGUUAGUGCUGUUUUUAAUGAAUUUUGGACACGAGAUCACUACAAGCGGGACAAGUACUUGGGAAUUGAUGAUGUUCUCAGCAAGAAUUUUGGAUACAACUUACUGACAUUUAUUAUUUUGUACAAUAAUUUGAUACCGAUCUCACUGCAAGUGACUCUGGAGUUGGUGAGAUUCUUGCAGGCGAUCUUUAUCAACUUUGACAUUGAAAUGUACCACGAAGAGUCCAAUACUCCGGCCAUGGCGAGAACAUCGAAUCUGAAUGAGGAGCUAGGAAUGGUGAAGUACAUCUUUUCGGACAAAACGGGAACACUUACGAGAAAUGUGAUGGAGUUCAAGAAGUGUUGUGUGGGAAAGUUUGUCUAUGAGCGCGUUAGUGAGCCUGAACACUCAGGAAUGGUGCAGAAUCUGCUGAACAAUCAUCCAACGGCGCCAAUGAUUGCGGAGUUUCUCACUUUGCUGGCCGUUUGUCACACGGUGAUUCCGGAGAAGCGCGAUGACGGCACUGUGGGCUAUCACGCGGCCAGUCCGGAUGAGCAGGCUCUGGUGUAUGGAGCCAAGUCUUUUGGGUAUGUCUUCGAGACUAGAACACCGACGCACGUGGAGAUCAGUGCUCUGGGCUGGAAGGAGAGCUAUGAAGUUCUGCAUGUGUUGGAAUUCACAUCGACCAGGAAGAGAAUGUCGGUGAUUGUGAGGACGCCAAAAGGCGAGAUCAAACUCUACUGCAAAGGAGCGGACACAGUGAUUUACGAGCGUCUCGCCCAGGACAAUCAACCAUUCCGUGAGGUGACUCUGAGGCAUCUGGAGGACUUCGCCACGGAGGGCUUGAGGACUCUGUGCUGCGCAAUGGCGACCAUUGAUGAGGAAGUAUACGAUUCGUGGCGGCAAACAUAUCACAAAGCCAUCACAUCAAUCCAGAAUCGCGAGAAGAAGGUGGACGAUGCGGCAAACUUGAUUGAGAUCAAUCUGAAGCUUAUCGGCGCCACAGCCAUUGAGGACAAGCUGCAAGAGGGUGUUCCUGAAACGAUAGCGAGUCUAUUGAAAGCGGAAAUCAAUAUUUGGGUGUUGACUGGAGACAAACAGGAGACAGCCAUCAACAUUGGCUAUUCUUGCAAAUUACUCAGUCACGCAAUGGAUUUGAUCAUUUUAAAUGAAGACAGUUUGGAUAACACGAGAGAGUGCAUUGGACGUCACAGUGCAGAUUUUGGUGAGCAAUUGCGAAAGGAGAACAAUGUGGCGCUUAUAAUCGAUGGUCAGACACUCAAGUAUGCCAUUAGUUGUGACCUGAGAAGGGAUUUUCUCGACCUGUGCAUUUCCUGCCGCGUUGUCAUCUGCUGCCGCGUGUCUCCCAUGCAAAAGGCUGAGGUUGUUGAUUUGGUGGCGUCAAAUACUAAUAACGUCACUCUGGCCAUCGGAGACGGUGCCAAUGACGUCGCGAUGAUUCAGAAGGCGCACGUGGGCGUCGGAAUAUCGGGAGUUGAGGGACUUCAGGCCGCAUGCGCGUCGGAUUAUUCAAUAGCGCAGUUUCGCUACCUUGUGCGUCUUCUUUUGGUCCAUGGCGCGUGGAAUUACAGCCGAAUGUGCAAGUUGAUCUUGUACAGUUUCUACAAGAAUGUCUGUCUCUACGUCAUUGAAUUGUGGUUUGCCAUCUACUCAGGAUGGUCUGGACAGAUUCUAUUCGAGCGCUGGACAAUUGGUCUCUACAAUGUUGUCUUCACAGCCCUUCCACCAUUCGCCAUGGGGAUUUUUGACAAAGUGUGUUCAGCGGAAAUAAUGAUAAAGUAUCCAGCAUUGUAUACAUCACAGAAUGCCCAACUACUGAACGUUCGUGUCUUCUGGAUAUGGAUUGGGAAUGCAGUGCUUCACUCCAUCUUCCUGUACUGGAUGCCAAUGAUUGCCUACAAUUUCGAAAUCAUCUGGAAUAAUGGCUACAACGGUGGCUAUUUAGUGCUGGGCAACAUGGUUUACACUUACGUCGUUGUGACUGUGUGCCUGAAAGCCGGACUGAUUUCCAAUUCAUGGACUUGGCUGACGCAUUGCGCCAUUUGGGGAUCAAUUGCUCUCUGGUUCUUCUUCAUGUUUGUUUAUAGUAAUAUCUGGCCGACGAUUCCUGUGGCUUCAGUAUUUGUGGGUAUGGACAAACUUGUGCUUUCGUCUCCGACAUUCUGGUUUGGACUAUUUCUGAUACCAACGACUGCUAUUCUGUUCGAUGUUGUGGCCAAAAUCAUUCAAUGUACCUUAUUUAAAUCAGUAUCUGAUGCAAUUCGAGAGUCGGAAAUUAAGAAAUAUGAUCCGAGUCAUGUGAUAAAAGAGCCUCGAACUUCAUUAACAGAAACAGCGAGAUUGCUGAGAAAUGUGAGAAAUGUCUUCAGCAGGCGAUCAAAUACGCGAGUUAAUAUGGAAUUGGAGCUCUCACAUGGUUAUGCAUUUUCACAAGAAGAGGGCGGUUCUGUAACUCAGACAGACAUUAUUCGCGCCUAUGACACGAAUUUGCCGAAACCAGAGGGAAAUUGAAAUGAAAUAUGCUAAGAAUAACGCGUGUGAGUGUGUUUUUUCUUAGACAGGCGGAAGAUGAUCGUUAACAAUCUCACAAGAGAGACUCAUCAAAUGUCGAGUGCCACCACUUUUUUCCUGUUGCAACCUUUAAAAUGCACGACAAAUCAUUUAUUCAUAAAAGAACAUGGAUAUUAAGUGAAAUGCCAAAAGUUAAACCACUAUUGAGACCAAAAUGGAUUACAUAGACGACAUAAUAUCAGCCUUCAAUUCUAUAUACAAGAAAUGUUAGUAGUUUAAAAAUGAAAAAAAAAUCUCCACAAUUAUCUUAUUGUCUGUAUAUUAAAAAUCUGGGUAUUGGUAGAUCUUAUCAAGUGGAUAGUGAACAAAAAGUGUAACAAAGAUGUGCGAUUUUCAUGUUUCAAUGUUGUUUAUGUGGGAUAAAUCAUAACUGUGACAAAGUGUAUUAUUCAAGAGUUAAGGAGGAAAAUGUGCACGAAAUAUCUGCUAGUCAUAGAUUUUCAAAAUUCUCUGUUGCAAAUCUAAUAAAAAUUCACUGUAUCGAAGACACCGAAACUCACACACUUUAGUGAUCUGCAAUUUGGUAACGUUAUUAAAAAAAACUUUUGAGGCGAGAAAAGAGGCAAGAUUAAACAUCUGGAGAGCCAAAGUGCCCUUAGAUAAAAAUUUACUAUUUUCCGUCUAUUUCACGUCUACAAUUUCACACAAGAAGGAAAAAGUUUAAUAAUUCGGUGCGCUUUAGAUGAGAAAACUAAAAAUUUACCACUUAGAAGUAAAAAGAAACUCUUAUUUAUUGAUAAAAGUGUGAUGAUUAUUUUACCUAAUUAUAUUUUUUCUUAAAGAAAAAAAAAAACUAAACAGGUGAAGACAAA